UUACGACCCGGCGAGAUGAAGUAUCCAUUUUCCAAGUUUCCACGAACAAUGAUGACACCAGAUUUCUAAUGUUGGGUCGACAAAAUCACCUGUUCCGCUGAAAGCUCAGCCACUUCGAUUUUAAAAAAGAUCGCAAUAAUACAUUCUACUUUCUGCUCCGGUACUUUAUCAAUAUCGGGCGGAAUCAUUUGGAGACCUUUUAAAAAUGAUGGACACUUCAUCUUGCGUGCGUGAGACCAUUCUUAAAAAAAGAUAUACUUCUCAAAUGGUUUUAGCGAGACCAGGUUCCAGUGCGACAAGUGUGGCCGCUUGUGCGCCACUAAGCAGACGCUGCUGAAUCAUUCGCGUGUCUGCAAGGGUCCGAAGGAGGACCUGCCGCUCUACAUGAAGUGCAAAAUAUGCGACAAAACGAUCAGCAGUCGUCACCCGUCGAUGCACAUGCGCUUGCACAAAGAGAAGAAGCAUCCUUGCACGCACUGCGGCAAAAUGUUUCAGCGACCGGUGCAAGUGAAAAUGCACGUGCAGAGCGUGCACCAAAAGACCACUCGGCAUCCCUGCGAGAUUUGCGGGAAAAUGUUCGCUACCAAGGUGAGCGCCAACCUCCACCGAAGGAUGAUACAUUCCAAGGACUACACCGUGUUUUGCGACAAGUGUGCUAAAGGGUUCGUCAAUGCUAGCCAGUUGAACAGUCACAUCGCGUCCGUACACGAGAAAAAGGAACCUUCGAUACCGUGCCCGUGUUGCGAUAAGCUGUUCAAGAGCCAACACUAUUUGAAGUACCACAUGAUGGCCCACGAAAUCGUGCGCAAGGAAUUUCCAUGUCAGCAGUGCGUAAAAGUGUUCCGUCACCCUUACUCGUUGCGGCAUCACGUUCGGACUUUCCACGCAGAUGUUAAAGACACCUUCAAGUGCCCCAUAUGCGAGAAGGUGGUAGCGUCGAAAGUUAGUUUGACGUGUCAUAUCAGGACGCAUACGGGAGAGAAGCCUUUCGAGUGCGAGCACUGUGACAAGUGUUUCGUGAGUAAAAAGCUGCUCAAGGUUCACGUGGUGGUCCACACCAAGGAGAAGCGCCACGUUUGCAGAUGCUGCGGCAAGGCUUUCACCCAGAGGGGAUCCAUGAAGGCGCACUUUUUCAAAAAACACCCUGACGAGAAGUUGUGAUUGACUUUUUGAAUUUGAAUUCUACCAUUAGAUAGGGCAGAGAAAAUAGCUGUACUGUUUUUAUUCAAUUUCCAAAUAAAUGUAGGAAAUAUUUUUUUUACAAUUUAAAACGGCACGCUUCCUUGGGACACCCUGUAUAUUAGAAAAUACAAAUUUCGUUAUUUGUAUAUCGUGAAUAUCGAGUCUGUUGCAAACGAAUCUUAAAUAAAAUAAAUAAAACUAAAGUGUCUUUGCUUCUUCGCGAUUCAUAAUUUUUCCCUACAGUAUAAAGCAGUGGCGUCCCAUGCUCGGGCUUUGAUGCAGGGUUAUUAAAUAAACAAACAUUUCUCUUCGGCCGCCCCCCUACCCCCAAAACUCAAACC